AUGCUGCUCCGUAGCCACGUUGAGGAUGUAGGUUAUGUUCUGCGUCGACGAGCGUUGUGGACAGCGCGUCUUUGGUCGCCCCAGCCCCGUUUAGCCAGCCAUCAACUUCCACGUCAAACCCACCGUCACAGCAUUCACGACCUCGUCACCGAUUCCAGCUGCGUCCUGUCAGCCCGAUUUAUCUCCCUCGCAUAUAUUAACUCCCCCGAGGGCGUCUCAGCUCCAACCCUCCUCGGAGGACUGAGCAAACUGACCUAG